AUGUCAGAUAAAAUGAUUUUAAUUUUAAAACCUGGUGGUGAUUUAUUUUAUGCACAUCAUGUUGUAAAAAUCUUAGGAAUUAUACCUGGCCAAGAACGUCAAUUGUGGCAUCAGGAAGAUACCACUUACUUACCUAUUACGAUAGUUGUUGCAUUACCCGAUAGUUUAAGAGAAAAUUUUGGUGUUCGUUGUGAAAUUAAUAAUAAAUUUAGUGAUACAUUAUCUUUUAAAUCACAUGGCACAGGGUACUUGGAGACAAAAAAUUUAUCAACUCAAAAUAAAAGUAUUCCGAUCCGCCGUAAAAAUAUACCAUUUAUUCGCGUUUAUUUGGGUCUAAAUGGGAUAAGUAUAGCAGUAACUGAAUUCUAUAAAAUAGAUUUAUUACAACAAAAUAGAUACAGCCGUCUUAUAUCAUUAUGUGUCUCACAUACAUUAACUAUUGAUGAUAGCUUAUGGUUAGCAUUAGAUUUAUCUACAUUCACCAAUCUUCGUCAUUUAUCUCUAAUCGAUAUUAAACGUUCUUAUUUUGAAUUGAUGCUCAAUAUGUGUUCACCCAACACAUCUCUUGUCGUGUUUGGUAUACGUUAUUCAGAAUUCUAUCAAGCUGCAUAUACAUAUAAAGGUGUACCUGAACGUGCAUAUUAUGAACGAAUCUUUUGCUUAUUUCCUUUACUACGUGUAUGUCACCUUCGUUUUUGGCGGUACGUAUACGACUCUCAAGUUAGUCGAAUAGUUUUACCAGUUAAUAGAACUUUUAUACCGAUUGAAACAAAUCUUUUGAAUUUACAAUCACUUGUACUUCGAGAAUGUUCGCCAGCCUUUCUGUUGCAUUUACUUGGAUAUAAUCCACAACUGCAGGAGCUUAACUUUAAUUUGUGUACUCCUUGGCUACCCGAUACACAUCCACUCAUCAAUGAUUAUAACAAAUAA